UGAUAAGGAAUUCCACUUUACCGAAUCAUCCUGUUACAUGGUUCCUCUACAUAAAAUUAGAUUAUUUUAUAAAUGCAUGGUCGAAGUUUUGAUAUCUCGUUCAGUGUUUAUUUAUAAGUAUAUAAUCUUUGCAGUUUAAGGUUGGUAUGGUUGUAAUAUCUAUAAAACUCCAUUUGUGAUCAGCAUCAAUCAAGAUCAAGGUCAAGGAAGAACGUGAACUUUGAUCAACUUCACACAUGGAUUCCCAGACACAGAACACGUCGUUGCAGAGACUUCAAAAUGUAGAGAAGAGAAUCGUUAGGGUUUUGGAGCUUGCUGGCGGUGUCAUGGACGAGCUCUCCAACCCCACCGGUCCCAGGAAGGAGUUCGUCAACAACCAUUGCCGCGAGUUCAUGCAAAUGAUCAAGGAUAUCCAAGUGGCAUUGAGAGAAGAAAUCAAGAGUGCUUGUGAUUAUCGUCCAUUUGAGAAGUGUGAUUACAGUUCGAGAAUAGCCAAUGAGAUCUGUUGCAAGAAGCUGGAUUAUGUGGUGUUGCAGUUGGAUCAAAUGAAACAAACCAUUGAUGAUUAUCGUAGUAGUACUCUUUGAAUAUUCAUGGAGGAAAACAAGAAAGUUCUUUUCUAUAGAGUAGGUAUGUAUUGUAGAUUGCUCUUGGGGGUCAAUCCAAUUGAGGUGCUUGCGACUACUUUGUUGGAAGUAUUUAAAUGUUUAGUUUUGUAUUUUCCUUUUCAAACGAUUUUCUUGGUAGUGCAAGAGAAGUAGUUUUAUUGAUUCAAA